GUGAGGACGUGUGACGGCGCGUGUUUGUGCGUUUGACUGCCGGCAUGGCUUUUGCGUCCCUCAGGCCCCGCGCCAGGACCCGGCUGACGGAGGCGCUGCUGGGGGUCGCUCUCGUGCUCUUUCUCAACGCUGCCGGAGUGUGUGCGACUAGCGGGAGGAAUGGCACUCUCCAGAAAUCAACGUGUAACCAGCCGGACUGUCUUCGAUGCGACCUCGAGACGGCCGAGUGUGUCAAGUGUCUGUACGUGAUCAUGGCUGACACGCGCGAGUGCCGGUCUGCUUGCCCGCCGGGUCACGCCACGACAUGGGCCACUCACCACGCGCUGAUGGGUCGCGUCUGUACAGAGCGAAGCGUGCUGGCUCUGGUCUCCGGGCGUGACGUGACGAUCAUCGCCGGGGCAGCCGUGGGCGGGGCGGUCUGCGUGGGCGUGGUGAUCGGCGCCCUCCUCUACAUGCGGCGCCGGACGAAGCCGCCCCCCGACAACCCCCGCGUCGACUACCGCCACCACCGCUACCCCAUCCCGCGACUGUGGCGGGACAAGAGGCCCAAGGCGACAGAGGUGUCCGUGGCCGACGAGGAGCGCGCCGAGUUCCUGAAGCAGCUGGCCACGCUGAGGGGAGAGGCCGGGAACUUCCUCGAGAUGCUCAGCGAGACGAGGAACCGCUUUCGGAGGCUCGGAGGCCCCGACUCGGCCACCGACACGAGGGCCAAGGCGUACAGGGCGGUGGUGCGCGAUCUGUCCCGAGUGCUGACGCUGCUCAACCGGCGCGAGGAGCACAUCGUCACGGUUCCGGGGACUGGCGGCGGCUCCUGUCGUGGGCGGCGAGGGUGCUGGCCCGGUACAAGCGGCAGAAGGCGGCGAAGGUAA